ACUAGCGCGAGAGCAACACAGAGGAACAGAUGCGCUGUGGAAGUUAACCGUGAAAGUUAGGACCUCGGAGAGCACUGGGUUUAUCAGCGCGAGACGCGGCGGUAGGGGCGCGCGCUCCUCUCCUGAAUCCCACACACUCGCACACACACACACACACACACACACAUCAGCGCGCGUGUGCCUUUCUCUUCAUUCCUCAGCACAGACUCUUCUCCGUCUCUCACGCGCGCAUCAAUGGCCGAGGAGCAGCGGAAUCGCCGCUUUCACCCGCGAGCGCUGGGGCCCGCGCGCGAACACGGCCUGAACCUGCAGAAGCGGCAGGCGCGCGUGACGGUGAAGUACAACCGCGCGGAGCUGCAGAAGCGCCUGAACGCCGAGAAGUGGAUCGAGCGCGCGCUGGAGGAGCUGUACGCCGGGGCGCUGGAUGAAAUGCCAGAAGAGAUUGACAUUGAUGACUUACUGGUUCUGCAGCGUGAUGAAGAAAGAGCGCAAAAACUCCAGGAGCUGCUGCAGACCUGCAGGAAUAACACCAAGCCAUUCAUCACUGAGCUCCUCCAGAUGCUGCAUGGCCUUCACAAACAGGAAGAGCUCCAGAAAGAGGGCAUCGGCCAUCCCUGUCUCCAUGGUUACCCCCAUCACCAUGUAAAUGUGCACAACGACAGAGGCCAACAACAGCACCAUCAACCACGAACCCACCAGACUCUCUAGCCGUAUCCCAUAAUGCACUGCAGCAGCUAACUACACCAAACCCCAGACACGUUCUUCAUCCACAAACUGAUAUGAUCUCAUCACUAACCUAACGUUUUCACACGGGCGAUUUCCUAUAAUCACGCUCACACCUAGUUAAGGAGAUCUAAUCCUCUUAACAUGUCAGUUUAAAGUUAUUCUACAUGUUUUCCUAAGCACAUUAAACCCUUACACCACUGAGACAGUAUUAAAUGAUUUUAUAUCAUCCUGUAUGAAGUAGGCAAUGUUAAACUGUGAGAUUUGACAUGCAUGAUUGUAACUGCUAAAAGUCUGAAAUGUAGUCAGCCAGCCACAAGGGGGCAGCAUCACCUAGUCAUGAACUAUUCAAAAUACAGCAUUUACAGUACAAAUACACAGGUAAAACUGUAUUAAAGGUGUAGUUUGGCCAUGACACCAUUUUCCCUUUACUGUAAAUGUAGUCGAUCAGCCAAGACACUAACAUGGUUUACAAAUAACGAAAACCUUUUUCUAAUACCAGAGAUAUUUACUGUAGCAUCCUUCCUAACACUUCCAUCUCUCAGACUUUAGGAGGUGGAGUGUAGAACUGCUUAAAAAGCGACUCGGUUGUCAAGAUGGUGGCCUUCGUAACAUUUCACUGUAAAGUUUUGUUUACGUUUCUAGCUUAUGGGACAUCCUAAAUCACGCUCAGUCCUAAACCACAUUACCGGUUCUGUGUUAUGUCUCUGAAUAACUGAAUGGGAAAAAGACUUUGGGCGACAGAUUUAUAUUACUUGUUAGCUCCAUUAGCCAUUAGCCUUGUAACUCCAGUGAAAAGAAUGAGAAUAAAAUGUCAGUCACCAAACAAGUCCUUCAUUUACAGUAAAGGAAACAUGGUGUAGAUUUGAUUUUUUUUCUUUUUUAAUCAAACUGCUCCUUUAAAGUACACGUCAUUGGGCAUCACUUCUAUCCAGGAUGAGUGUAAUAAUAGUGGAAAUGGCUUCAUAUGGACAGUGUUUUUUUGUUUUUUUUUAAAUUAAAUUCAACUCCUUUUCAAACUGACUUUUAUAAAUCACUUGUAAAUAGCUCUAUAAUCUCAUAAGACUAGCUCAGUGUUACACUGAGGAGUUCUUAUGUCACUAAGGGACAUGCUACAAUAACGCUAAUAAAUCAAUGUGACUCAAUAAGAGUGUUAAUGGUCUAUUUACAGAUGUUAACGAUAAAAUAAAGAUGUGAAUUGA